UUUAUCUCUAUGGUUCCUAUAUCAACAGACACGGUGGAUAUGAUUGACGUAAACCACUCCUUGACAAAUGACUUUAUCCUCAGAGGAUUUACAGAUCACCCAGAGCUAAAGACCAUUCUGUUCGUGGUGUUCCUUACCAUCUAUCUGAUCACCAUGGUGGGGAAUCUUGGCCUGGUGGCAUUGAUUUACAUGGAGCGUCGUCUUCACACGCCAAUGUACAUCUUUCUAGGUAACCUUGCACUGAUGGAUUCCUGUUGUUCCUGUGCCAUUACCCCCAAGAUGUUAGAGAACUUCCUUUCUAAGGACAGAAUGAUUUCCCUCAAGGAAUGCAUGGCACAGUUUUACUUUCUCUGCCUUGCUGAAAGUGCAGAUUGUGUUCUCCUGGCUGCAAUGGCCUAUGACCGUUACGUGGCCAUAUGUAGGCCACUGCAAUAUCACACCAUGAUGUCAAAGAAACUCUGCAUUCAGAUGACCACAGGGGCCUACAUAGCUGGAAACAUGCAUGCCAUGAUUCAUGUAGGGUUUCUGUUUAGGUUAACUUUCUGUGGGUCUCACCAAAUCAAUCACUUCUUUUGUGACGUUCUUCCAUUAAUCAGACUCUCCUGUGUUGAUCCUUUCAUCAAUGAAUUGAUGAUAUUUAUCUUUGCAGGGUCAGUUUCAGUCUUCUCUUUCAUCACAAUUGUAAUCUCUUAUCUCUGCAUCCUUUUCAUGAUCUUCCAAAUGAAAUCCAAAGGGGGGAGAGGCAAAGCCUUAUCUACUUGUGCAUCCCACUUUCUCUCUGUCUCAAUAUUCUAUGGUUCUCUUCUCUCCAUGUACAUUCGACCAAAUUCAAUUAAAGAAGGAGAUAAAGAUAUACCCAUUGCUGUUUUUUACACUGUAGUGAUUCCUUUAUUAAACCCUUUUAUUUAUAGUCUAAGAAAUAAGCAAGUAAUAAGUGUUAUGACAAAAACUAUGAAGCAAACUUCAAAAUGUUAUGAAACAAAUAUCUCCUGUGGAAAUUGAUUUUAACAUGAUAAAACUUUUUUAAAAAUCAGGGAGUACUGAGAGAGUGGAAAAUGACCACUUUGUCCAUAAAAUAUUGAAUUACUAAACACGACGGUAUAUGGUUCAAAUAAGUUGAGAAAGGAGAGUCUGCUAGAAUGUACUUCAAAAUAUAAGCUAUUAGGUUACCUCAGCAGUUAACUGGAUAAGUACUCUUGAAUUCAAAAAUUGUGUCAGGGUGAAAUUAGUUACACUAGUCACUAAUUUCUUCAAAGUGUAAUAUGUAACAAUUUGCAA